UUAAGUAAAAAAAUAUAAUUUUCUAGUUUUUCACUUUUCAAUUAAAAAGGAAAAUGAUACAAUCUAGAGUGAUUCUAUUAAGUCGGGUGCUGAGUUAUGGUUUGAGAUCAAAUAGAGUCCAGUAUCAGCCAAUUCGUCAUGCACACGCUGAAUGGAACUAUCGUCAAGGACCACCAGAUUCAUCACAUCCUGCUUAUGUUAGAUACGGUGCUCCAGUAGUAGCUGGUUUGAUGUGGUGGUGGGUUAUGUGGCAUUUAUGGCAUGAACCAGAGCACAUAACUGGAGAAUUUCCCGAACCUGAUCCAAAAUUAUGGACUGAUAAGGAACUUGGAAUUCCUCCUGAUGAUUUUGAAGGCGAUGAAUAA